AUCCAAAAGUCAUAAAUAAAUCUGUUCAUCUUGGUGGAGACGUGAACAUCAGCUGUCAAAUGGCAAAAAAAAUGAAAGUAUAUUUCUGCAAAGAGGACAAUCAGAGGUGCCAGAUAAUGAGAGCAUCUAAAGAGCCACAAAUGACUCCUGGAGAGAGAGUUUACAAUGUGAGUGUCAGAGAUGCUGGAGUUUACUGGUGUGGAGCAGAAACCAGAGACACACAUCUGACCUUCAUCUCCCUGACCACUAAAAUCCAGCUCAGCGUCAUCAUGUCUCCAGUAGUGAGACGUGAAGGAGAAUCUGCUCAGAUCUUCUGCCCUUAUGAUUCAAUCUAUCAAUCAAAGUCAAAGUCUCUCUGUAAGGGGAAGUGCUCCACUAGAGACACACGUCCUCUGGAUGAGACUGUGAGAGAAGAGAAAGAGAGACUGACUCUGCAUGAAGACGUCACAGCAAGCGUCUUCACCGGGACCAUCACUGGACUGACAGCAGAGGAUGCUGGGAAAUACUGGUGCGCAGUGACAUUAGACAGAGAGCUGAAUUAUCUUUACACUCAUCUGAUGGUCAUCAUCAAGCAGGAGCUGAGCUUGACUAAGUAUGAAGGAGACGACGUGUCCAUCCAGUGCAGACAUCAUGAUGGAGAUCAGAAAAGCUUCUGCAGAGCACAUGAAGCCUCCGCGUGUGUGAAGGAUGGAGAUUCACUGGAGACCAUCAGAGAUGCUCGAUUCUCUAUCAGUGAUGAAGCGUCUGCUGGAGUCUUUACUGUCAACAUCACUGAUCUGAGAGCAGACGACUCUGGGGUUUACUGGUGUGGAGCUCACCUCAUCACUAAAGUCAACCUCACGGUUAUAAAGGGUAAGAUAAGAGCACACUACAGCUAAUCUAAUUGUACCAUUGUUGAGUAUAUUUUUUGUCAUUGAUCAGCAAAACAUGCAUAGCAUGCCAUAAUUUCAUCCAUACAUUCUCCAACUGAGCUGUAGUCUCAGCAAGAGGCUCUUAAAUUUUAUUUUAAAUGGAC